AUGCAUAUGCAUUGCAUGGGUGGGGUUCGUUUGUCUGUCGGUCGAUUUGGGCAGCUCCAACUCCAAAACACCGCCAACCUCACCAUUCAAGUCACCCCAUCCAUCUCUGUUCACGCCGUCGACCUCGACGCAGCAACUGGUGUCGACACGAUAUUGCCGCUCCGUAGCUAUGGGCUGUGCCGCGAAAGUCCCCUCUUUGACUCGUUGAGACGGCGCUCCGUCGACCGUGAUAACGAACGUAUGGCCGAGCCAAGGCGACUCGCGCUUCACAGCGAGACUGAGCUCGAGUCCAGAGCCCCCGUGGGUUUCCCGUCGAGUUGUCCCACGCUCGACCUGUCCGCCACGUGGGAUGCCACCGACAGAAGUCUCUUCGUUUUCAGGCCGCCCCGUCAAGCUGUUUCCAGAAGCCACCAAGUUGGGGCGCCGGCGCCGGGCACGCAGCCGCCACAAGUGGUGACGGUGACGUGGAAACCAGAUGGUCAAUUCCUAGCAGUGGGAUGGAGCGACGGCGUUGUCAGGCUCGUGGGCUUGGAGACUAACAAAGCUGCUCAUCACAUCCCCGUGUGCGAAGGGACCGACGCCAACAUCUCCUGUAUCGGCUGGGCAAGCUGCAGUGUCGCAAGCACAUCGCCGCGGGACCUUCCAAUACGCUCCAGUCAUGGCUUGUCCCGAGAUCGAACCGCUUCGGACGGCGAUUUGCCUCCCAACCUCCCCCAGGAGCUCGCCUUCCUCGAGGUUGACACCGCCUUACCCAAGAUCAGUCCCUUGCCUACCAGUAGUGCUGGCGCAGAUGAUGAUGCAACCGUAUUCACAUUACGGACAGGGAUUGAGUUCUUGUUCCAGCCGCCCAGGCGGGAGGAGUAUGAUCAAGUCAACAUCAUGGCCGUGGGGACCGACGACGGCAAGCUGCAGCUAAACAUUUACGACUCCUUCGUUGUUGGAGCAUUCUCCAGUCCCGUGUCGGACUCGCCAGGCACGCCGUACAUGAUUUCUCACGCCGCCCAUCCGCACCUAACAACACACGCUCUGGUCUUUGCGCGUACACGGACGGAGCCGGAACACCUCCAUCUAGUCCCGAUGGAUCUCCCCUUCAUUUCUUCGUCCCCGAUUAAUCUGUGCCUGUUGGCAUCCAAGUUGACGACGCUCCAGAAACUGCUUCGGUAUAUCAGACAAACCCAACUGCACAUGCAAGUCGAGUGGAAGAAUACGCGAGAGCUACCUACCCGAUUUCUGCGCAGUGUGCAGGGGGAUCUGGAAGAGCUUCCAAGCGGGCCCCGGGGCAUCGUCCCAGCACUGUAUCACACCGUGGUGACUGGACACGCGUACGAGCCGGUGCGAGAAUGGCUGGUCGAUAGUCUCGCAGAACGUGGCCACAAGCGAUGGGACAAGGCCGUCGUCUCUGGCCUCGAAAAUCUCCGCAGCCUAGUGCACGAGAAUUUUCUCCCAGCAUUGGAGCGCUGUGCCAUUAUCCUCAGUCGUCUGCGCGGUCUGGCCCAGUUCCACGACGACAGAGACGAUAUUGGAUACUCGGUGACUCAAAUUAGCCGGCUUCUCGACAUAAUCGGCUGUCUCAGCUUGGUUGGCCACAAGAUACUGUCCAACGUGAUGGACGAGCUGGAGCAUUUCAACGCGUUUUCCACAUGGCUACGAUUUCAGAUUGAUCGUCUGGCUUCAUCCAGCACGGCAGCAGACGAGCUCACUGAAAAAGAGGCAACUCUGGACACGUCAAAGGUUCUCACGUACAUUGAGAGAUAUCUCACAAGCAGCCCACUGCACGUGUACUUUGACGAGGUCUCGCAGCAAGACUGGCGGGCCGACUUGGCUCACCUCGAAGACGGUGUCGGCCUGUUAUCCAUCCUUGACGCGCAGCUGAGGAAACAAGAGUCCGGCCAAGCAUCCCGAAGAGCUCUCCAGCACGUAGGCUUCUUGGUAUCGUACGUGACGACUUGCUCCAACCAACUAUUCAAGGAUAUGGCAGAAGCUACGAAGCGAAGCGUGCGGUUCGGCAGGGCUGUCAGGCUGUCCAUCGGCCAACCCAUCACACUGAUGGACACCCGAAUAUGCCAUACUAGCAAAAACGCAAGUCGCCCGAAUUUUCGCCCCUUGAUUCAGAAUAGGUACAAAACUAACCAGUUCUACCUAUUUCGGUCUGGUGUCGACAUCAAGAACGGCAUCAGCAGUAACCCGCAGACUACGUCGACGUGCAUUCGUCUUGAAGACAGGAAAUUGGUCGACUUGAAGUUUUUAAAUGACGAGACCUUGGUCCUUUUGUGUACUCAAACUGAUAACAAUUCCAUCGUCGCACUGGCCCCAGUGGAAUCCGAGCACCUCAAAUACAAGGCCUACGACUCAUCUUCGGAUGAGAUACCAACUGUCGGGCUAGCCGGUUUGCAAGAGUUUGUCAUUCCUACAGAGUACGCCAUGCGACCUGUUCGAAUGGAAGUCCACGACAAGACCGACCUUCGAGGAGAGCUUCCAAUCAGAAUUUACAUGUUGUCGAGUAACAGGACGACGUGGCGGACGUUUACAAUCCCGCAGUGA